UUCAUUUUCUACAGAUUGACCUGAGAUCCAUGCCGUACGGUGCACGCUCCUAGAAACCAACCCAAUGACUCUAACCAAGCAGGAUUAUUGUGGGCUGCUUCCGCAGCCCUGUGAGUUGGGCAUCGCCAGCAUGGAAUGCAGCAAUGGGAAAGAAGACACCAUGUUACAGUCCUUGGCUGGAGGAGAACCCUUUAGGCCAGUGGAGCCCCCCAAGAAUGCAACGGGGAGGUUGGUCAUGCACAGCAUGGCCAUGUUUGGCCGAGAGUUCUGCUACGCGGUGGAGGCUGCCUUCGUCACCCCUGUGCUGCUUAGCGUGGGGCUCCCAAAAAGUCUUUAUAGCCUGGUAUGGCUCAUUAGCCCCAUCCUUGGUUUUGUGCUGCAGCCCGUAGUUGGCUCAGCCAGUGACCAUUGCACUUCUGGCUGGGGCAAGCGGCGACCUUAUAUCCUAGUCCUUGGCAUUAUGAUGCUGGUGGGGAUGGCUUUGUACCUCAACGGAGACACAGUAGUCUCAGCUUUGGUUGCUGACAGAGCCACACAGAGAACUUGGGCUAUAGUUAUUACCAUGCUGGGAGUGGUGCUCUUUGACUUUGCUGCUGACUUUAUUGACGGCCCCAUCAAAGCCUAUUUAUUUGAUGUCUGCUCUCACCAGGAUAAAGAGAAAGGGCUCCAUUAUCAUGCCCUCCUGACAGGUCUGGGAGGUGCCCUUGGCUACCUUACAGGUGCCAUUGACUGGGGGCAUACUGUCUUGGGAAAAUAUUUGGGAUCAGAAUUCCAGGUGAUGUUCUUUUACGCGGCUCUUGUGUUCCUGAUCUGUUUAACUGUGCAUUUGUGCAGUAUCCCAGAAACAUCUCUCACCAGCAUCAAAGUUCCAAAGUCAUCUAAGCCCUAUCAGUAUGGUUCCAUAGGGAAAGUCAAGAAUGGUUAUUUUAACAGUGGAUAUAAUGAAAUACGGGUUUUAUCUCAGCAAGGGAAGCCCACCAUAAAAGAAGACAAUCAGGUUCAGAGGCAGAUGACCAUUAAGUCCCUGCUAAAAGCACUUCUCAGCAUGCCUUCCCACUACCGUUGUUUGUGUGUGAGCCAUUUGAUGGGAUGGACAGCUUUCCUUUCCAACAUGCUAUUCUUCACUGAUUUUAUGGGCCAGAUUGUGUUUGACGGGGAUCCUUAUGCACCUCACAACUCCACUGCUUAUAUGACCUAUGAAAGGGGAGUAGAGAUUGGAUGCUGGGGGAUGUGCAUCAAUGCGAUUUCUUCCUCGCUCUAUUCUUAUUUGCAGAAAGCCCUUCUACCUUACAUAGGAUUAAAGGGACUAUAUUUCACUGGCUACCUGCUUUUUGGACUAGGCACUGGGUUUAUUGGACUCUUUCCCAAGGUAUAUUCCACUCUGGCUCUCUGUUCCCUCUUCGGCGUAAUGUCCAGCACAUUGUACACUGUACCAUUCAACCUCAUUGCCGAUUAUCACAGGGAAGAAGAGAGUCAGAAUGGAGGAAAAGGUGACGUUCAUGGUGAAGAUCACAGCCGAGGAAAGGGAAUAGACUGUGCAGCCCUCACUUGCAUGGUUCAACUGGCUCAGAUAAUUGUCGGGGUGGGGCUGGGCUUUCUGGUCAGUGCUGCCGGCAGCGUGGUGGUGGUGGUGAUCUCCGCCUCGGCAAUUGCAUUAUUGGGCUGCUGCUUUGUAGCGUUCUUUGUUCGCUAUGUGGAAGGGAACAAUAAAUAGCUGGUGUCUGGAUGAAA